GGCAGCCUCUCCCUGUCCGGAGCCCCCGCAGCCAUGGCAGAGACAGAGCUAGCCCAGAAGCUCCAACGCCGCCUGGUUCUGGAAGAUAGCGACCCCCCGGCGGACGGAGCUGAGGGGCAGCAGCCGAGCAAUGAGCAGCACAACGGGGAAGAGAAAGAGGCCACUUCCAGCGCCGACUCCGAACUGAGUGCCAAACUGAACCGGAGACAGGACAUCAACGCGGGCAACGCCGUGCCAGCCAACCGGGGCAAGGUCUUUAACCCUUACACCGAGUUCAAGGAGUUCUCCCGAAAGCAGAUCAAGGACAUGGAGGCAAUGUUCAAAAAGUAUGAUUCUGGGAAAGAUGGCUUUAUUGAUAUGAUGGAGCUGAAGUUCUUGAUGGAGAAGCUGGGAGCCCCACAGACUCAUCUUGGGCUGAAGAACAUGAUAAAGGAAGUGGAUGAAGAUUUUGAUAACAAGCUGAAUUUCCGGGAGUUCCUACUGAUCUUUCACAAAGCAGCAGCUGGGGAGCUGGAGGAGGACAGCGGCUUGCUGGCUCUGGCUAAACUCUCAGAGAUCGAUGUGGACGUUGAGGGAGUGAAGGGCGCCAAGAACUUCUUUGAGGCCAAGGUCCAGGCUCUUUCCUCCUCCAGCAAGUUUGAAGCAGAGAUCCGUGCAGAGCAGGAAGAGAGGAAACGACAGGAAGAAGAGAAGAAAAACCGCAGAGCUGCCUUUAAAGAACUGAAGUCUGCGUUUAAUCAGUAACUGACCAUUCAGCGAGACAGUGCUUGCAUAGGCUUCUCCCAGCUCUGCACUUCUCAACCAUAAUUCAAUGCGAGAGGCACUUAAGCCCUUUGUAUUGCCUUAUACGGGGGGAUAACAUUGCAGCUAAUCCUGUUAAAUGCAGAAAAUGAUCUUCUGUCUAAUCUUUAAUACAAAGGACCUACAUUUGGCCUAGCCACAUUUCUCUUUUUUUGAGAGAGAGAUUUGGUUAUAUUGCAGUUUUGUAUACCACAUCACCACCUGUUAUGUUAUUUUUUCUCUUAAGUAAGUGCUUUUUCUGCCGCACCACAAGAGAUAAUGAGUUUAUUUGUACUAACUGCAGGAUAAAACUAUUCCAGUGUAAAUUCCUCCCUAGGGCCACUACAGCUGCAAGAAUCAUAGGCAACCGUUUUCCUUUAGUUCUUGGUUUCAGCCCUGUUCCAGGUCUGCUGAAAAGUAGUUGCACAAACAAUUGAGUAUGGGAUUUGUUUCUUCUCUCAGGCAUUACAGGUUGAUGGCAAAACAAAGCAUAUUUGUAUACAUGUACAUUGAUUGGCCAAGCACGGAUCCAUCAGAAUUCCUCAAUCAUUCCUGCAUAUAAACCUGCAUUCCAGCAAAUUGGGGGCUGAGAUAGCAUAUUUUAAAGCAUAAAGGCUGAUAACCAUUCCAUAUAUGACAGAAAUCACAGUUCCAGGACCAUUGAUUGCACCUGUCGUAUCACUUGCCCUGCCCUAUCAGGGAUUGGGGCGCCCUGCUAUUUUUUUUAAAAGGCAAGGUUUCCCAUUUCUUAUGCCGUAAAUGUCUAUAGCAGUGCUUCUUCUUCAAUUAUGCUUGGGAAACGGAAUCAAAUAAAGGGACAGAAUCUAUAGUAAUAUUCUUUUAGGCAGAUGACAUACUUUUAAAGAUGAGCUAUUUUUAAUGCUGAAAGACUACUGGCAUCUGAUUGGCAUGAGCUGCAAACUAUAAUUUCCCAUUAGACAAGGUCUGAUGUCAGCAUUAAAUGCUUGAACUAUGUUUUUUUUAAAUAUUGUCAGAUUGUAUUAGCUGUACAUAACCUGAAAGAGGAUAUUUAAAAGACGAGCAUAUAUAUUCUUUGGUUAGGGACUGAGGAAUGUGUUUAUUUCUGAAACUAACCUACAGUCCUAUAUAAAUAUUCAGUCCUUUAUGUGAUAUUGGUUAGAGAGGGAUUUCAUGAUAAAUGCUUAUCAGGCUAAAAUAAAUGUUCUGUACAUUAGGUCUAAUGGCCACAAGCUGUAAUAACACCGCUCAAAGCCAUAAAGAUUUUUGGGCGCUUAUUCAGGAUCAGCUUUACAACUGAGGUAGCUUAUGUUCUAAAUGUCUGUACCUAAGAACAAGGCAGCUGGAAUUCAUGAACAGAGAUGCUGAAGUUGAUCCUAGCUCCCCAACACAUGACAGUGUUUAACAGGGUCAGACCCAAUCCUCCCUGGGAAGCAUUGGUGCUCCCCUGCUGACCUGCCUCCCCUGAUUGUGAAGAGGUAAAAGUAUGAGGGGUUGGCCCCUGGGAUGGCAGCCCUGGUGGGUACCGUACACCUCAGUCUGACAAUGGUGUUUUAGGAUCUUUGCCAAAAAUUUAGCAAUGUGCAACUGCAAGGUGAGACCCAGGGCCUAAUGCAUCAUUCUCUCUGCUAGUUUGCCCAUUGCCCAUUUAGAAUAUACCCAACAGCUCUAAAGUUGGUACUGAAUUACAAGCCUGUACUGUGAGCUUGUUCAACCAUUGGCAUAAAAAGUCAGGGGGGAGCCAAAUUAAUGUGAAUCAUUGCUUUAGCCUCUGCAUAGACUGAAGAGCUUGCUCCGGCAAUGAAUUGAUCUUGGUACUUAAGAUGUUAAUAAUUGUUUUAUGAGUUCUAUUUCUUUGUGUGACUGGAGGGGGCCAACCAGCACAAUAACAGUGUUCCAGUGCUCUGUGACUUCCAGCAUUGUGCUAAUUACCUUCUGUUCUCCAUACAUUUUAUAUUAAUAUUGGAAAAUAAAUGUUUUACUAAUAAA